GCCGCGUCUUUGCCCACUGAGCAGCCAUGAGAAGGCAACUCCGGUCCAGAAGGGCUCCUACCUUUCCUCAUGGUUAUCGCUACAGACUUGAUGACCAGGAUGAAGCGAACCAGGACUACUUGGCAGAUGAAGAGGAGGAAGCAGAGGAAGAGGCUCGGGUGAUUGGGGUACCCAAUUUGGAGGAGGAAGAAAAGGAAGAGCAAGAAGAGGGUGAAGAGGGUCAGGGUCAGCCAACAGGCAACACCUGGUGGCAGAAAUUGCAGCUCAUGAAUGAAUACCUGUGGGAUCCGGAGCAAAGGAUGUCUCUGGCCCGAACAGGUCAGAGUUGGAGCCUGAUCUUGGUCAUUUAUUUCUUGUUCUAUGCCUCUCUGGCUGCUGUGAUAACUGUCUGCACAUACACGCUACUUCUGACCAUCAGUCCUUACAUGCCGACCUUCACUGAGAAGGUGAAGCCUCCUGGAGUUAUGAUCAGACCCUUCGCCCAUAGCCUUAACUUCAACUUCAACGUUUCUGAACCUGACACUUGGCAGCAUUAUGUGAUUAGCCUAAAUGGCUUCCUCCAGGGCUAUAAUGACAGUCUUCAAGAGGAAAUGAACAUAGAUUGUCCACCAGGGCAGUACUUCAUCCAAGAUGGCGAUGAGGAUGAGGACAAGAAAGCCUGCCAAUUUAAGCGUUCCUUUCUGAAGAACUGUUCUGGUCUGGAGGAUCCUACUUUUGGCUACUCUACCGGACAGCCCUGCAUCCUUCUAAAGAUGAACCGGAUUGUAGGCUUUCGUCCUGAGCUGGGAGAUCCUGUGAAGGUUUCCUGCAAAGUUCAGAGAGGUGAUGAAAACAACAUCCGAUCCAUCAAUUACUACCCAGAGUCGGCUUCUUUUGACCUCCGCUACUACCCUUACUACGGCAAACUGACUCACGUUAACUACACCUCCCCCCUGGUGGCAAUGCACUUCACAGAUGUGGUGAAGAACCAAGAGGUGCCUGUGCAGUGCCAGCUGAAGGGCAAGGGCAUCAUAAAUGAUGUCAUCAAUGAUCAUUUUGUGGGUAGGGUAAUCUUUACCCUGAACAUAGAAACCUAAGGACUUCAAGGGACCAGUUCUACCA